AUGAAUAUUACAUUACUAAUGAAUGAAACAGACUCUAUCCAAUGUCAAUCGGUAAAUGUAAUCUCUGAUGGUAUAGAUGAUUAUACAAAUUUAUCGAAUGUACAGUAUAUACAUAAACAUAAUAACAGUAAUAAUACUAGUAAUAAUAAUAAUAGUAAUACAAAUAAUAAUCAUAAUCAUAAUAUGGUUAUCACUAAUCACAAAAGCAAUGCAAACAGUAAUACCAAUGAAUUAUCAACUACUGAUUGUACUAAUUUAGUCGAUAAUUUGAAUUCUAGUUCAAACUGUACCUCACCGAAUGGCUCAACACUUACCAUGUAUGGUACACAACAUCGUUUUAAAAUCAGCCCAAAUGCAUAUCACGAUCUGGAAAACGGAAACAGUUUGACCACUACAAGUAUUGGUCCUCGUCCAGAUACAGAUCUAGAUUCAGCAUUCCCACCGAAAAAGCUAUACACUGACGAUAUACCUGUUCUAGAAUCUUUUCCUGGUUUUUAUGGUUUCGAUCUUUAUCGACCAUUAUGUGGUGAUACUUAUGAAGCAAGUGAAACAAAACCGAGUACUGCAUUUUUUUAUUUUAAAGAUGAACAAGGAUGGACAAAUUUGUAUGCAAAGAAAACACCUACAUGGUGGACGUUAUCCUAUUGGUGCCAACGUAAACCCCCAGAAGGUUCAUUCAUUCGUUUAACACCAGUUUACGGGGCAUCAGACAAACAACAGGAAGUAAUCCAGAGAUGUUUUGAAGAUUUUAUGGCAAUUCCAACUUCUGGAAUGGGUCGUUACAGUAUAGUAAUGGUUGGUAAUUCAUUGGCUGAAUACUUUUUUGAUCCGAUAACAGAACGAUUAUGCGUUACUUUACCAUAUGAAACACCUAAAGAAGGAUGUGAAUAUAGUCAGUUCAAUGGAAAAUUUAUGUGUUUUAAUAGCUGUCUAUACAAUGGUGGUCAAGGGAACAAGAAACCACUCUUCUUAAUCAUAACUUUAGAACGUCUAAUAACUGGGUCUGAUCCAAGUAAGGGACAUUGUGAGGUACUUGGACGUCAGUGCAUCAAAUUUCGUAGUUGCGCAUGUCCUAAACGAGAUAAAGAGAAUAACGAAAGACGUACUGGAGAUUCCUUGGUAAUUGGUACUCCUUCAUUAGGUAAACGCAGGAAGGAAUCAAACGACCGUAAUGAUCGACAAGUCAAACGGAUACGUUCAAAUCAAAGACCAUCAUCAGUUUGCAAUAUAAAUAGUAUCACUAAUGCCAGUAUUCAAAAUAAUAAUGGGGUAAAUUAUGAAAAGGAUGCCAAUCUGUUACGUGAACAUAACUGGUUAUCACCAAAUAAUGAAUAUUUAAUGAAUGAUGAGAAGUGUCCUAGUGAACCGAAUGGAGUUGACGACAUAUUUGAUUAUUAUGGACAAGAAAAUGAUUAUGAUGGUUAUGGACAAAAUACAAUUCACUUUAAUGGAGAAUCAUAUAAUCUCUUAUUAGUUCCAACAAAUUUACCUGGGGCUGUCGAAACGUUAUCGAGUGUACGUUAUGGUUUAUUACGCGCAUGGAUAUAUGCACUAGCUAAAAAUAAUUACCAUCACCAUCAUCAUAAUCAACAAUAUAACAUGAUGAUGAAACAAUCACCAUUAACAAAUGAUUUAAACAACAGAAAAGAAAGCAAAAGUGACACUAACAUUAAUAAUCAUACCUCAUCAUUAAAUAUUACAAAUAACGUGAAUACUAAUAUGAUGGUAGGUAAAAAUACUACAGAAAAACGAUCAGAUACUUCGGAAAGUCGAUACUACCCUACAGUAUCUGGAAAUUAUUCACACUCGUAUAAUCGUGCUGUAAUUGGAAGCACUCUGAAUCAUUGGCUUAAAACGGAGUCCCACCUAGCUACCCUAGUACGUGAAAGGAUUAAUUUAUUGAACAUGUAUCAACAAACUUAUCAUUUUAGCGGUGAUUCUACCGAUUCACAGCCGAAUUCUACGUUAUCUACUGGUGCUAUGGGAUUUAAUGGUACAGGAAAUCUAGAUGAACCAGUUAAUAUAUUAAAUCAAGACUACUUUAAUUCAUCUAAUAUGAAUGGAUCAGUAGGUAGCGAAUUGAUGAAUUCAAAUUUACCACAUAAUUUGUCUAAUCAUCAAACAAAUAUAAUGCAAAAUAUGGCUGCGUAUAUUUUAUCAUCUACUAGUACAAAUACUACUACAUCUACUACUACAACUGCUACGUCUAUAAAUAAUAUUGGUAACCGUGGGUUCAUUUAUAAUACACCAAAUGCUGUUGAUACAAAUUGGUCAUACGAAACAGAUUCUGAGUUAAGACCUGGUCAAACAUCUCAUACAGAUCAGUUAUACGAAUCAAGUCACCAAGGAUUAAUCAUAGGUAAUAACAAUAAUAGUAGUACUCUACAUGUUGUAUCAGAAUUAAUUGAUCCUUAUGCACUAGUUCAACAUUUGCCUCAGUCACUUUCAUCAUCCUCACCAGUUCAUCAGCAUCAUCACAUUCAUUCGCACCAUCUACAUUCUGGACAUGUCCAAUCACAGCAUAAUCAUCAAAUUCAUCUUCAUCAAGGUAUGAAUAAUUCAACUUCUAUAUCUGAUACAAAUGAUAAUCAUUCAUCAGCAUUUACAACAACUGCAUUAAUUUCAGAUAAUACAAUGAACAAUAAAUCAUUAACGCUAAAUACAUGUCUCCUUCCUCAAAUAACACCAACGACAACGACAACAGUAACGGAUACAGGAACAAUAGGCACAACAAAUUUCGGUCAUGAUUUUAAUACAUCAAAUUUUUAUACUACAGCCUACUUUAAUCUUGCUAAUUCCAAUACUAAUGCCGAUAAUAAUAGUAAUGGCAGUAAUAAUAAUGUUAUGGAUUGUACUAAUGCUAAUCAAUCAAAUGAUAUAACAGAUCAAAAUUCCACUUUAAUUGACUCAUUAUCACGAUCUAGUAUACCAUCGAAUUUAAAUCAUCGAAGUAUAUCACAAAAUUCCACAUUAUGUAACUAUCAAUUGACAAAUCAUACUAAUUUAUCUGAAUCACUUUUAUUAUCAGAAGAAUUGUUACAUAAUUGUCUGGACAAUAAAAAGAAAUGUUAUGAUGAACCAGAUGGUGUUCAUUCUAUACUAACUAAGCAUUUAAGAAAUACAUCAUUUUGUUUGUCAUCUACACGGUCCCCUGAAUCAUGUGGAGCUGAAAAAUUUGUUAAAUUAGAAAUUUGA